ACGGGUGUUUAUUCGGAUUACAGUGUAGUUUGUGAGUGUAAUGAAAUAUGCAAGUCGUAGUUAAUUAAAGGCAUUUUUAAAGUUUAAGUACGUGUUGUAGUCGUCGAACAGGCUUGGAAUUAAACCUUUACUGGGAUGUAAGGGACUAUUUCGUGCAUUCAGUGUAUUUUUUUUACCACAAAAAAUCGACUGAAAGUUACGUGAAAGCAUUUCCUCGAACUGUGGUUCGUUCGUUGUACUACUAUAAUUUCUACUUUUGUGGCGGGAAAAAAAUCUAGUCCAAUUCACAUACCAGAUGUUCCAUUUUUAGUGUGUUAUCAACAUGAGUUUACAUUAGAGACAUCAUAUGUUUUCCAAUUAUAAGCAUGUGACUAUAACAUAAUCUUGGUGACUUGCAAAGAAGUUGAAAAAAAUUCAACUACUUUAUGGUUAUUGCCAGAAUGUCUCAGAAACAGAAAGAAUCCAAAAAGGAUGGUACAACACCAGCUGCUGGUGAGAAUCAAGAUCGUAGUGGCCUUUAUGUUGAUGUGAAAAAAACAGGUUAUCUGAAAAAAUUAAAGACGAUGAAGAAGAAGUUCUUUGUACUGAAAUCACAAUCUGCUUGUAGUCCAGCAAAAUUAGAAUAUUAUGACACAGAAAAGAAGUGGAGAGCAGGGGCUCUCCCAAAACGGAACAUCGUCCUCAAGACUUGCUUCAAUAUUAACAGGAAAUUUGAUGCUCGACAUAAGUUUGUCAUAGCCCUCUAUACGAAGGAUGACUGUUUAGGACUAGUGGCAAAUAGCCAGGUGGAGCUGGAGGAGUGGCUCACUGCACUCUUGGAACUCCAACAUUAUGGCAGUAAUACACCUGGAGACAGCAAACCCAAACCUUAUUUUGAACACAUCUACCAAGUGAUAGUAAAGCCCAAUACUCUGAAAUGCAGUAAAAACAUCACUGGGCAACAUUGGUUGUGCCUAACCACUACCUCCCUCAACUUGGUCAGAAUGAAUUCACACAGUGAUCAGAAUGAAACUGUAGAAUUUCCUCUGAUGAGUAUAAGAAGAUGUGGGCACACAGAUUCUUUUUUCUUCAUGGAGGUUGGUCGAUCUGCAAUAACAGGAGCAGGAGAGUUGUGGAUGCAGGCAGAAGACAAGGUUGUAGCACAGAAUAUGCAUGAAACUAUUUUAGGAGCUAUGAAGCUUUCGAAAACAAAGGAUGAGUUAGGCCCUAUAGCUCGACCUAGAAGUGCUUCAACCAGUGAGAACAGUAAGCCAAUUUCAUCUCGUCGACACGGAGGUGCACUUCCUUACCAAACUCAAAGUAUGAGUUUAGAACGGACACCAGUGAUCUCAACUAUCAGGGAACGCUGUGAUAGCAUGCCAGCUAGAGCACGCACAACUAGUGAAAACUACCAUGAUUUCUUUAGUAGCAGCCCUCAGUCUGGGGGAUGGCAUUCUUCCCCAAGUUGUGCCAACCAUCGAGGAGAAAAUCUUCGCCUACAGAGUGCUUAUGCUCGGGCCAAGUCUUCUUCUCCUCCAGACAGUGCUAAUAUAAGUUUAACGGGAGCUUAUUCAACAGAUAGUGUUGGUAGUGAGUUCUCCACAGAUGAAUAUGAAGGAAGCCCCAGUGAUUUCCACUUUGGGAGGUACAUUCAUUCUGCUGGGGAGUUAGGCUUGCACACAGAACCUCCAAUUACAGAAGAGAUGCCAGAUGAUUAUUUGUUGAUGGAGCCAGGCCAAGAGGAUUUGAUGCCACCAGAGUACUUGGAAAUGGGAACUUCAACAUCUCAACGGUCAUCAUUAGCCAAUAUGUCUCUCAACCUGUCCUUCUCCUCCAGUGUUCAUAGCAUUGGUUCAAAUCCUAUAUCUCCGCUAGCUUCAGGAACAUACCUAGAUAUGACUUCCCCUUCCACAGCUUCAAUACCAGCUUCUUCGGAAUACAUUCCCAUGAGUCCUGGAAAGUAUCUCCCAUUGGAGCAGCUGCUUGCUGCUGCAGGGUCAUCCCAUUGUUCUAGUAUUGACUCAGAGCAGCCUACAAUAGACUCAUCAACAGCAGACAUAUCAGGUGGUUAUUUACUUAUGGCACCAAAGAAAGAAACCUACCCCAAAAAUUUAACAUAUACUUCUCCAGGAGUUGCAGAAGAAGGUUAUUUGAAAAUGGGAUCUAUGUCUUCUUCUCUUCCUAAACCAAGCAGCCAGAGUGAGGGCUACAUAGAAAUGGCUAGUCCUAAAAAAAAUACUCAGAGUUUACAAGAUGUCACUUUCCAGACCAUUCCAACCUUUACAGAACAGUCAGGGUUUCAUCUGGAUAAGGUCAGAUCAUAUUUUUCUCCAUCAGAACAUGACUUGGAUGGCUAUAUUAAGCCAGUUCGAGCUUAUUCAAUAGGCAGUCGGCCCCAGAAGAGCCAUCUAGGAAGCCAUCUAGACCAGUGUAGAGUUCGUGCCUUUUCUGUUGGGAGUCAAGUCACAAGAGUAGCAUCUAAGAUUCAGGGGACAGCCGAGUCUGAGCUUGGAACUUUAAGAUCUGUGGAUGAAAUAGUCUCAAAGAAGUUCUCUAGUGCACCUCUUCUACCAAGUAUACCUUGGCAAGCUAGAUCUUCUGCUAACAAAGGAGGUUACAGUGAAGAUUUGAUGGAAAUGGACUACAAUCCAGCACCUAAAGUAGAAGUAACUACAGAUCAGGAGCAAACUGAACCUAUUAAAAAGUACUCUAUUGGAAGCAGUCGACAGAGGUCCAACAGUCGCUCUUCAUCUGGUGCUUCACCAAUGUCGUCAUUAGCUGAACUUGCUGAAAAACCAGAGCAUAAAGAUUCCAAGUUAUGUGAAGAAGUAUCCAGAAAAGGCAACACUUUGCAUGUUGUUAGUCAAAGAAGGAACUCAUUGGAUAGCAGCGAAGUAAAGCAGGUAUUUUGUGAGGACGGAAAUGGAUAUGUUUGUAUGUCUUAUGGAGACAGUGAUAAUGGUAGCUAUGCAGAAGUGGCUGCAGAAAACAGAACCUCAGACUAUCUCAAAAUGACAAGAUCUGAUGUAACUGACAAACUUUAAAAUCAAAGCAUAUUUCAUUAGAUUACAAAACUGUGAAAAACGUACCACAUUAUACAGAGUCCUGUGAUGAAAAAUAUAUAAACUUAAGAACAAAAGGCAGAAAAAAUACUCAAGACUCAGUGAACUUAGCAAGUUUGGAACAAAUGUAUAAGCCAGUUAGAAAACAGAAAUGUAGCCUAGAUUGUUGGACAUAUGUGUUUACACCAGUAAACAAUAACAGUCUGGUCAAAUCUGAGCUUGGUAUACUCACAGAACUCUCAGGAAUAAUGUAUAAAUUUGGGCAUGAAAUGUACUACCUGUGUCACAAGCUUAGUAGCCACUGGUACGUAAAAAUGCAGUGUUAUUGUUCCUUUUGUUUCUCUUCAACCAGACAACAUUCUAGAAUAUGUGAAAAUUUAGAUUGCUACCCCUAAGAAAUCAUCUCUAAUACCCACCCAGUCAAUAAAUAUUACACUGUUAUGGCUACACUGCAAACACCUGUCAAUGAAUGGCCUACAGUGACUUCAUGUGCUUGCGCAGCCUUUUUUCUUGCUAUUAAUGCUAAGAACUGGAUUCCAUAUGGCUCUGGUUUACCUAAAAAUUGCUGUAGGUUAACUAUAAUGAAACAAAAGUCAGCACAAAUUUCCUUUCCCUCUUGAAAGGAUAACAGUCCUUGCUGUACUGAUUCAACUUGAUCCGUGCAUAGACAUUCGUCAACCACUGAGGUUUUAGCAAGCAAGUCACUUCUCUCACAUGAGUUCAAUUAUCCUGAACCUCUUAGAAAGCUCUUUUUUUUUCUCACUAAAAAUAGCACUGGAGACAACAUUCCUGUACCAGUGUCAUCUCAGUUUUCUCUACCAAAAGGAGCAAGCGUUUCAUAAAGUGUAGCUGAAGCUAUCUACUUAUAGUUCACACACUCCUUAUCAGUAGGUAGUAAUUUCAGUUGAACUAUAUUUUUUUAGACUUUGCUCUCCUACCCCAUAGAAUUAUCUAAAAACACCAGAAUCUAUCCAUGCUCUCUAGCCAACCUUUUGAUCUAGAAAAGUUAAAGACCAUUAAUUUUCUCUUGUUCAGGUUAACUUUACUAAAUCAAAGGUAUUCAGACUGUUUGUGAGAAGACAGAGUUUAGUAACUAGUCAUUAAGGUGUUUUAUUAACAAUUUAAUUUAAAGUUUAAUUUGGUUGGACUGAAUAGUUGUUUUUUAGUGAAGGUAGUCCAUAUUAAGUUAGAAUUUACUUGUGCUUGUAUUUUCAAGCAAAAGAAAAACAAUUAAAAGUUAAAGUAAGUUUGCAAAUCUUUAAAAUAAAUCUUUAAAGAAUUUUUAUAUUUUGUAAAAGUAAUUUGUGCUCAGUUGUGUUAAUUCAUUACUUUAUAUUGCAUAUUUUUAUGCAAUUAAAUCAGUAAAGUUUAUUAAAUGCCCAGAUUUAAGACUACAAUUGAAAAAUAGUUAUUCUUUCUAUCCUGCUUUCAGUAAAACUCUGAGUGCAAUACUUUUGUAUAUUUUAACUUUAUAUGUUGCAGAAAAAGCUGCAAAUAUUAGUUAUGUAGCAAAAACAAAUGUUAGUACAUAUCAUUAGUAAGUAAUGAUUUAAUGCUGUUUCACUAUUUCUUAAUUUUUAAAUAUGCUAUACGAUGGUGCAAUGAAAGUAUAUUUAUAUACCUUAAUCUACUAUAGUCCAAAACAAGAGUCUGCAAGUUUAUGGAAUGCUUACUUAGAUUUCCAAUCUUGUACCUCUCCAGAGGCAUUUCUCUGCCAAUGCUGGUUUCAUUUGUGUCAGAACUAGCAAAUCUGAUAUUACUAAUACUGUGAAACUGUAAUUAACUUUCUUUUCACUGUAUCACUGAAUGGUGUAUAAUUGUAUGAAAAGUAAAAAUUGAAUCAAGAUUUAGAUUUAAAAUUCUUUCUUUAAAGUUUUUUGUUUAGAUUCCAGUAUUACCUUGAUCAAAGGAAAUGCUGAUGAAAUAUUUUAGUAAAUGAAAUUGGUAUAAUGAUUAGCUUCUUAAUUUCUUCAUGGCAUUCUUAUGAAACUCCAGUGAGUUUGUGUAAAAGAAGCUUCAAGAAAUUGUAGAUCUCUCAGUAGGCUUGUUUAUUCAAUUCUGGUAUAGAAAUAAUUAUCUAAUUAUUUUUAAUAAAAUAAUUUGCUAAAUAAUUUAUUUUGCAAUUUUUUAGCUGUAUAAUCUUCAGAGAAUGUGUGAAAGAUACUGGUUUUAGUAUACUUAGAUUAGUUGAAACUUUUUAAUGUGUUACUCAUGAGAAAUACAUUAAGUUGUGAAGAUUUUGUAUUCUUUUUAUAGAUGUACAUAAAACAAUACACAUCUAUAUCAAGACGAUAUUCUCACACAUUCUGGUGUCCUCACAGUGUAAUUCAUUUAGGUAAUAUGACUUAUGGUAUAUAUUGACAAAGUUGCUGAGAUUUAAGAGUAGCAAGUUGGGUGAUACUUUAGAGUAAUAACAUUACACUUAUUACCUAUCAUGUUGUGAUGUUUCAAACGUAUCACCCUAAUAAUAUUGUUUUAUAUUUUUUAUCUAAUAAGGCUUGAAAUCAGCACAAGUUAUGUUUAAUUUUCUAUAUUACACUGAAAUUUGUAAGAGCAUUACAUCAAGGAGGACUUUGUUAGAUCUCCCAUAAAAGGAAGAAUUUUAAUUUAUCAGUUUAACCUGUUAAAUUGUUUAUAUUCCAAAGAAUAGAAUAUCAAGUUGGACAGUGAUUUUAUUAUUUUUUUUAGAAGAGUAAACCUUCCUCAGUAGUAAUACUGCAGAAGUUAAAAAUCAUAGUUCCAACUUCUGUGAAGUUAAGACAGUUAGUCAUUAGUAGUUACUUUGGUUAAAAGUUGUUUUAUUAGUGAGAUAUAAGAUAAAUUAGUCAUUUCAACACUGUGUAGUUAACAUUCAACAGAGUGAAAUAACUGUAAUAUUUUAUACAACGUUUGAUAAAAAAAAUACUGCAAUAAUCAAUGUCCUUGUAUUCACACUGGAUUAGGUUGUAAUAUUUUUGAGCUGAGCUGGUUAACUAAUAAAGAAAAAGAAGGUAAUUGAGCUCCAAAAUAGUAUAUGUUAAAAAUUAAAUGAAUAGAUGUUUUUUUUAUUUAAGACCAUGAAAUACUUUAACUUAGAAGUACAGUUUUUGUAUAUAAAGUUUGUGUAUACUUCUCAUUAUUUGCAGAUUUUCUUCAGAUAACAUUAAGCAAGUAAACUUAGCUUGGUGUUUCAUAGGUUUGAAUUGUUAGUGUACAGGUGUUUGUUGUGAUGACUGUAUUUUUCCAUUGCAUUCAGAAAUUUGUACAGACAUGUCCACCAAAUCAAUUAUAAUCACAGAAUCCAUAGGCAAGAAAUUAAUAAGGUUGCUUAAGUAGUAUAUCUAAGAAUGGAUGUCAGUUCUAUCUUUUAUGAACUAAUGACCUGUAAGUGAAAAAAGUUAGUAACUUUUUGGUUUUUUUUUUUCUCUUUUUAUGUACAUAUCUUUAGAACUUGAGCCAGGUACACUAAACUGACAACAAUAAAAGAAU